CAUCUUCCCCUUCCCUUCCCUUUCCCUCUUGAAGAAAUUGAAAACACGAUAGAUAGAUUCGAAAGAUUCUAAUUACCUCAACCAAAGAACUUUCACUUUCAGUUCAAUUAUCGAAUAAAAGGGAAAUUGGAAUCCUAACGCGCCUCUCGUUUUCAUAUCUCUCAUCACAUCAGAAAACUUAGAGGCUGCGUUAAGGGAUUGUUGUAUUUUGGUGGGGGUGGUAGAACAAAGCUGAGUUUUCAGAAAUGACAGAUCCAAAUAGAGAGAGAUACAGAAUCAGGGAAACAGCAUUUUAUUUGUUUACUCAGCAAAGUCUUCCAGCUUGCAAACCUGUCUUAACACCAGGAUGGGUUAUUACGAUAUUUUUGUUUAUGGGUUUAAUUUUCAUUCCUGUUGGCCUGGUUACUCUGCGUGCUUCUCAUAGUGUUGUUGAAAUUGUGGACCGAUAUGAUAUUGAAUGUGUACCCGAGUCAUCUAGAAUUGAUAAAAUUUCAUAUAUCCAAGAUGACUCAAUUCCCAAGAAUUGUUCGCGUUUCAUGAAGGUUCGCAAGUACAUGAAAGCUCCAAUUAACAUUUACUAUCAGCUCGAUAAUUAUUAUCAGAACCAUCGAAGGUAUGUCAAAAGCAGAAGCGAUAAGCAACUCUUGCAUGGUCGGAAGUAUCAUGACACGAGUUCCUGUCAACCUGUUGAGUUGAACAACGGUCAACCUAUUGUUCCUUGUGGAUUGAUAGCAUGGAGUUUAUUUAAUGAUUCAUUUACAUUUAUUCGCGAGAGAGCAGAACUUAAAGUUAACAGGAAGAACAUUGCAUGGAAGAGUGAUCGAGAUCACAAAUUUGGAAAAAACGUUCAUCCUUUCAGUUUCCAAAAUGGAACCUUGAUCGGUGGCGGGAAACUGUAUCCAAAAAUUCCUCUAAGCGACCAGGAGGAUCUUAUUGUAUGGAUGCGUACAUCCGCUCUCCCUAGCUUCCGGAAAUUGUACGGUAGAAUCGAAGAGGAUCUGGAUGUCGAUGAUGUCAUAGUAGUCAAUCUAAUGAACAACUACAACACUUACAGUUUUGGCGGUAAAAAGAAGCUUGUUCUUUCAACAUCAAGCUGGUUGGGGGGAAAGAACAACUUCCUCGGCCAUGCUUGCAUCAUUGUCGGAUGCUCUUCUCUUGUCCUCGCCAUCGUCUUUACGCUGCUCCAUCUAAAAUAUCGAAGGUAAAAAUUCAAGAGGCCUUACGGAGACACGAGUUAUUUACCAUGGAACAGGAAAAGUCUGUCGGGGUGAUUCGGGUGAGAUUAAUUUUACGUUCGAACUUUCAAACCGGUGAGUGAUUUAAUAUCAUAAUUUGGAGAAACGUUUAGUUAUUCCCUUUCGGAAUUUGUUCGGACCGAUGGGAAGAGAAAAAACCCGAGUGGCUUCGACGGCAGGUUAUAUACUGUUUUUAUAGUUCAACUAAAGAAACAUCAUCAGGCAAAUCCUCUCUCUAGGUGAUAAAUCA